CAGACGUAACCUGUGCGAUCAAGAACUUUUUCGCUGUCCGAAAUUUGUGUUGUGUGAUUUCCUGCAGUGAUUUAUAGUGAUUGCCAUGAGUUUGGAAUUAAAAAACUCGCAUCCCUUUAUAGAUGGAUUAAAAAAUGCCCCGGAAAAUAGGAAGAAGGACAUGAUAAAAAUUAAGACAUGGAUGAAUACCCAACCCCACCUUCCAACGAUAUCGGACGAGUACAUAUACCUAUUUCUGCACGCUUGUUACUACCAACAUGAAAAAACAAAAAGCGCAAUCGAACAGUACUUCACAAUUCGAGCCAACAACCCAAUGAUUUUUGCCGACAGAGAUCCAGAAUCAGAACGAAUGAAGGUCAUUAUGGACCUAGCACACUUGGUGAGGCUCCCAAAAUCGACCCCUGAGGGAUACCGCGUCCUCUUGUACAGCGUCAGGGAUCCUGAUCCAACCAAAGUGAAUUUUGCAGAUGCUGUCAAAGGUUUUUGCAUGUACAAUGACUGUAUUUUAUCUGAAGAUGGAUUAGCCGAAGGGUACGUUGUCCUUUUCGACAUGAAGAGCGUUUGCAUAGGCCACCUUGCCAGAGUCAGUUUGCCAGCUUUAAAGUGUUUUAUGAUGUACAUUCAGGAGGCUCAUCCUUGCAGACUAAAAGGAAUCCACGUUCUCAACACUGCCAAUUGGAUAAACCAUGUAAUGAGAUUGGUUGUUCCUUUAGUAAAGUCAGAAGUGUUGGCCUUAGUUAAAUUUCAUAAAGGUUGCGUUCCUGACACAAUUCCAAUAGAGAUUCUGCCCAUGGACUACGGCGGUGAAGCGCCAUCUGUGGACGAUCUGGACAAGGAUACCAAAUGCUUGACGAGGAAGUACACCGAUUGGCUGAUAGAAUCGUCGAAAAUCGUCGCGGACGAAUCAAAACGCGUGAAAAAAGCCUCGUGGUGGGGACUAUUGACGGGCAGCAAUUCGCCCCAAAAAAUGGACGAAAAAACCAUCCUGAAGAAUUUACAAAUCGACUAG